AACAAAACAAAACAGAACAAAAUCUUCUGAGUAAUUAACUUUUACUUCCGUUUCAGAUCUUUAAGAUUUUUGUAAAAACUCAUAAUAAAACCCUAAAAAAAGCUGAUCUUCUUCAGUUGAGUGGAAUUUGGAAUAGGAAGAAUGGAUGAUGAAUUGCUGGAAUUGCAGAGGCAAUUCGAGUUUGCACAGCAGGCCAAAUCGAGCAUCCGAUUAUCGGAACGGAACGUCGUUGAAUUGGUCCAAAAGCUCCACGAGCUUCGUAUCAUUGAUUUCGAACUUCUCCAUACAGUUUCUGGCAAAGAAUAUAUCACUCCCGAGCAAUUGAGACAUGAAAUUGCUGGGGAGGUGAAGAAAUUAGGACGUGUUUCAUUGAUUGAUCUUGCGGAUACUACUGGGGUGGAUUUAUAUCAUGUUGAGAAGCAAGCUCAGCAUGUAGUAUCGGAGGAUCCAGGGCUCAUGUUGAUUCAAGGGGAAAUUAUAUCACAAUCUUAUUGGGAUUCUGUAGCUGAAGAAAUCAAUGAGAGACUGCAGGAAUGCAGUCAAAUUGCUUUAGCUGAAUUGGCUGCACAGUUAUAUGUUGGCUCUGAGUUGGUGGCAUCUGUCUUGGAGCCUCGCCUAGGGACUUUGGUGAAAGGUAGGCUUGAAGGUGGGCAAUUGUACACACCUGCAUAUAUAGCUCGUGUCAGUGCCAUGGUUCGUGGUGCUUCCAGGGGUAUCACGGUACCAACGAAUUUGUCUGUUCUGUGGAGCUCUUUGCAGCAGCUGUUACAAGAAAUGGAAGGAGCCACUGGUUUAGCAGUUGAAGGUUCAUUCUUCCAAUCCCUUUUUAAUGGGCUGGUUAAGGAAGGCGAGGUUCUUGGUACACUUCGUGCAGGAAUUCAUUGGACUCCAACUGUUUUCGCUAUUGCUCAAAAGGAGUGUGUUGAUUCUUUCUUCUCACAGAACUCUUUUAUCAGCUAUGACACUUUGCAUAAACUUGGAAUUUCCCAGCCUAUUCAGUACUUGCAGCCCAGAUUUCCUGAAGGCAUACCACUAGUUACAGCAUUUGUUCACCCUUCAAUGAUUGAGAUGUUGGAUGCUGCUAUUGAGGAUGCAAUUGAACGUGGUAGCUGGCUUGAUUCUCUUUCUUUAUUGCCCACAUCUUUUGGAGCCCAAGAUGCAUCUAAGAUUUUGUCCCUUUCCCCUUCUGUUCAGUCAGCACUCAAGGCUAAUAAGGCACUCAUCGUAGGGGAUUCCUAUUUAUUUAGCAGCAGCUUUGUGAAGGAUGUCUAUGAUCGUGUAGAGAAAGAGUUGGAAACCCUUAGCCAUAGUGGGUCUUCCACUAUUAUUCUGAGUGAUGAUUCACACAUGGUUAAGGAAGCUAAAGCCGGAAAAGAUUUAAGCAAGUCUUCAGAGCCAGUUGAAAUUGUUACUGAGAGUGGCAACAAAAAGCGUGGUACUGAGAAAGGAUCAAAGAAGAAAAAGGGAAAAUCUUCGGGUGCAAGAACAGUGUCAGCUGAAGGUGAUUCGGAAAACGAGGAUUACAUCCCCACCAAAUCUAAGAAAAACCAGAAGAAAGGCAAGGAUGCAUCUUCCUCUCAGGUUGCAGACUCGAGAAAAGUAGUGAAGAAGGACUCAAUUAAAGCACAGGAGGAAAAUGUGCCUUCAGAAGAAUGGUUAAUGCAAAAGCUUGAGGCCCUGCUUCCUGAUUUCGAAGAACAAGGUGUUGAUGAUCCUCAAGCAAUUCUUAAAUAUUUGGCUGACUAUUUAAGACCUAUGCUAGCAAAUUAUUUGAAGGAGAGGAGAAAGGCAUUGUUCACAGAAAAUGUGGAGAAAAUGAAAAUUUUACUUGAUAAUUUGCAAAGGAAACUUGAUGAGUCUUUCUUAAAUAUGCAGCUUUAUGAGAAGGCAUUAGAUUUGUUUGAAGAUGACCAGUCAACUUCUGUUACUUUGCACAGGCACUUGCUUAGAACUGUUGCCACUUCGAUAGCUGAUAUGCUUUUCCAUAACCUGAACUUGCACAACAAGUUAAAAAAUGGGACUCAAGUUGAAGAUUCUCAAAAUUCAGAAAGCAUUUCACUUAGCCCCGGUGAAAGAACUGCUAUAGCUAAGAGCCUUCCUGAAUCUCAGUCAAAACGAGCCCUGGCAGUGGUUGAAGCUUUGGAAGGGAAGCGGGUGGAGACAUUCAUGCCUGCACUGAGAGACUUGGCUGAGGAGAGUGGGUUAUUCCUUAAAAAGCUUGACAAAAAAUUGGAAAGAACUCUCUUGCAUUCAUAUCGCAAGGAUUUGACUUCUCAAGUAUCUGCUGAAACUGACCCAGUUUCUCUUCUGCCGAAAGUUGUUUCCCUACUUUAUAUACAGGUUCACAGUAGAGCUCUUCAAGCUCCUGGACGGGCAAUUUCUGUUGCUGUAACUCGAUUGAAGGAUAAACUAGAUGAUUCAGCAUACAAGAUCUUGACAGAUUUCCAAACUGCAACAGUGACACUUUUAGCACUUAUUUCUGCUGCAGCUGGUGAUGAAGCAGACUGUUCAUCUGAUAGAAUUUUGAGUAAAAAGGAGCUUUUGGAGGGCCAAAUGCCGGCGCUAAAAGCUUUGGUUUUAGGCUUCUCUGGCUCUCAAGCUUGACAGAACUCAAGACGACCAUCACUUGGUUAUGGUUUCAUUGAUAACUGACUCACUCUGCUGUUAUAGACAUUAGUGCCCCCCACCUUCCAUUUUCUCCUCAAAUCAAGCAUACUAACUGGACUGAAAGUUAUAUUCGAAGGAAAAAAACGAAAAGAAAAUGUGACAUGGAAUCUAGAGAAAUGGGAUGUGCCAACUUCCUUAUACGUUUCUUAUUUCAAGCUCCCUUGGGUAUUGAAUUAUAGCGACUAUAUGUGAAUUUCUUUCCCAUUUUUUUCCGUUGCCUUUACGUGUCCCUAGAUAAAUUCAUACCAAAUUUCAAGCGUAAUUGUAAUAAUUGUGUCAAAACAGGUUUAAUUGAUGCAAUGGUUUUAUACCCAAA